CUAACGCAAACCGAAAAUUCAAUUUCAAAAAAAUCAAUAGAAACAUGACACUACAAACGAAAAUAUCAACUGAAGAAUGCGGCGCAUAAUUUAAUUUUUCAACCAGAAACUAUCACACGCGAAACGAGUGCGCUCUGCCAUCUACCCGAGUUAAACCAGCGCUAAAUCAACUGCAACAAUCCCAUCCAAUCCAAUCCAAUCCAACGAACAAAAAAAAAACAAGUAGAAAACCCAAAAUCAACCAAAAUCAACAAGAGUUUCUGGUAUUAAUUUUAUUUGAUGCGCGCGCUCAUAAAAAUUUACAUAGAAAGCGACACCAGCAACAACAACAACAACAGCCAGCAACCAGUCGGAAAUACCCAUCUACAACAUCAAAACUGAAUUGGUUAACCAUGGAAAAGGCGUAACUGCCAACUGCUGACCCGGGCCAUAUAACUUUAGAUGAGCGCGCUUCUGUGCCACAAUUUUGUUGUACACCUGCAGAAGCUGCCACGCCCACGACGAACAUCCCCCCAACCUCCGAGAACAACGCGAAAGACAAACAAAACAAACUCAAAUUCAAAAGCAACAUCAGUGAUAUGGAAAUGUGCAUAGAGAAAAAGGCAAAAAAGUCGAAAAAGUCAAAAAAUGAAACAGCUGAGAGUUCAAUGCAGGAGCAGCAGCAGCAGCGACAGCAGCAAAGCAACAAAGACAACAAUUAUCAAAAGAAAUGCCACCAAAAUCAAACGAAAACUCAAGGAAGGCAAACACAUAAGAGCAAAAGCAACAACAGCAAAAGCAGCAUCAAAAGCAGCAGCGACUGCAGCAGCAACAACAACUGCAACAACAACAACAACCAAAGAGAUCGAGACCACCUGAAAAAGCAACAACAAAACCAACGAACAACAAAACCUACAACAAAAGCCACAUCAACAAACGGCAGAAGCGACGCCAACAGGAGCAGCGCCGUCAGCAGCAGCAUCAUCAUCAAAAGCAGCAAAGUCAACGCCAGCGGCAACGUCAGCAGCCACACCACCAACAACAGCAGCAACAACAACAGCAGCCAUUGCUGCACACAAUUAAACACGCUCUAUUUGCUGCUGGUGCUCUUAAUAGUUGGCCUCGCCCACCACUCAGCCACUGCCUCCCCCUACGAGAGCAGGCGUGAUGCUCUUUUGGCCUACUAUAAACGCGCACACCUUCAGCAGCAGAGUGUCGCCCGCGGGGCUGUCGCUGUCGCUACCUACGAGGGGGGACCGUCACAGUCCCAGGAGGAGUACCAUUUACACGAUGCCUCCGCUGUGGAUUUUGAUGAGCUAACGCCCACAGUCAGCGUUGUCUCUGCUCUGACUCGGGCAGAGCGUUUGCGUAAGCGAAGCCCCCUUCCAACAACGCUAUCAACUGCCAGCACAACAACAACUGCAUCGGAAGCAGCAGCAAUAACAACAGCAGAGUCCGCAGCGGAAGCAUCCAGCAGCAGCAGCAGCAACAGCAAAAAGCCAGAAGAGAAAUGCGAUCCAAAAGUAUUGGAAAUGGUGCCCGAUGAGCCGUUUUACGACUUCACCGACAUUGCCGAGGAUGCUGCACGCCAGUUUAUUGAAUUUCUAUCGAACAAAUUCCCAAAUGCCAACACUCCGAUUGCCAUCGAUGAGCCGACACGUGCGGAGGUGAGCCGUCGGGCCAACAGUAUCGCCAGCUAUGCCCUAAACGAGGACGAGAACCUACUGGCCUUUGCCAUUGCCGCGCCGAGCAUACACACGGUUGUCGUUAAAUUCAGGGAUAAUGUCACGAUACCACCGGAUCAGGUGCAUAAUAAGGCGUUUUUGGGCUCUUACUGGCGGGAAUUGGGUGCCGCCUGGAACAGCAGCGACGGUACCCAGGAGUGGGGCGCCCCUUUUCGCGACUGCAACCUGUUGACGCGCCGCUGGCUGUGGCCCUUUCGCAUAUCAUUCACAGAGCAUAGAAUCAAAAUUGUGGCAGCUGCCUUUAUUGCCGCCGAUGAGGAUGUGUGCAACGAUGGACUGGAGGAGGUGUUUGGCCGUCGUCACGGGUGUGAUCGAAAUACUACUUUCUGCCUUCUCACGGAGAACAAACCGGCGGCCACGAGGGAUGUGUACACGUGUCUCUGUCGGGAGUCCUUCUAUCUGCCAAACUCAACGCUGCAGGGCUUCCGCGGCGAUUUAGUGGAACUGUCCGAGGGCUACGACAACUACUCGUGCAUACCGUGUCCGGGCGGUUGCACAAACUGCGAUCAGCAUGGGGUGUGCCUCAACUUUCAGGAGGAGGAGGCCCUCAAUAUGGAUGCCUGUCUGCGUCUGCUUGUGGCCAUUGUCCUGGGCGCCUGUAUCCUGUGCUGUGUGGUCCUGGGUGUGAUUGUUUUUAGACAGAGGAAGAGCAAGGCCAUUGCCUCGGGCAUGUGGACUGUGCUGGAGACGAUACUGCUGGGAAUUGUUUUACUUUAUGCAUCUGUUGCCGUCCAUUUCUUUCCCGCCUCCACCGAGCGCUGCCUGCUGGAGCCCUGGCUGCGGGAACUGGGAUUCAUCACCUGCUACGGCGCCAUCAUACUGAAGCUGUAUCGCCACCUGGUAGAUUUUCGGACACGGAAGGCCCAUCGCUGGGUGCUGCGGGACGUGGAUCUGCUCAAAUAUCUGGGCGCCAUGGUGUUCGCGGUGGUGUGCUACAUGUCCGCCUUCACGGCCUCGUCGCUGGACCUGCUGGAGAGCGCCCAGCUGGAGAGUCUACGCGAGGCGAGCACCAACACCUGCCAUCCGCUCAAGUGGGAGCUGGUGACGCAGGCCAGCGAAAUACUCAUCCUGUGCUUCGGCCUGCACCUCUCCAUAGCCAGUCGCAAUGCCAACACUCAGUUCCGGGAACGACAAUUUCUGGUGACCGCCCUCACGCUCGAGUUCCUUGUCUCGUCCAGCUUCUACUUUCUGCGCUUUGUCUACCUACCGGAAAUGAGUCCCAGCGCCAUACUGCUGGCCCUCUUCGUGCGCUCCCAGCUGACAAACAGCUUUGCCCUGGGUCUGAUAUUUGUGCCAAAAUUGUGGUAUCAGCACAAGCAGGUUCGUUCGCUAGCGUAUGAUCUAUCAAUACGUUUACCUGUGGAUGCUUUCAAGGGUGCUGCACACGAUGCCGGUCAGCGUUUGGGCGGUGGCUAUGCGGGCCUUUGCCUUGGUGACCCCGACAUCGGUGAGCUGACCAUAUCCGAAAUGAGUCCCGAGGAUAUACGUGCUGAACUCAAAAGACUGUAUACACAACUUGAGAUACUGAAGAACAAGACCUUGAGACAGGACAAUCCGCACAUCAGCAAACGACGCGGUGGACGCAAGGCGGGUCAUCGUCGAUUCUCAUUGCAGAAAAAGGGCAGCAAGGAUAAGGCUCUAAGUGCCAAACACCGCAGCAACAAGCAUCAUCAGGACAUCGAGAUCACCGAGGCGGAACCAUCCCGUACACCCGAGGACUCCGUAUGCAGUGGCGAGGGACCGACGGAUACCUACGCGGAGAUAUCGGGCGUAUCGCAUUCAAUGCUCUCCCAUUCGAUGGUCUCGCACUCAAUUGUCUCUCACUCGAAGUAAGGAAACCCACAGUCGUUGUGGGAGCAGAGGAGGAAGAACUCGUAAACGAAGGAUUUGUAUAUAAGUAUUAAAGGAUACGAUAGUACAUGAUUGUAUGUGUAGAUAUCAAUAUGUAUGUAUGUAUGUGUAUGGGAGGAUUAGGGUGCAGCAUAGGUAAUAUAUAGCGCAACAAUACAAACAAUAAAAGGAUUACUUUAAUUUCGCAAUGAAAGAAAAACCAACAAAAAGCAACACAUGAACAAAGGCAAAGACACAAAAAAACACAAACAAUAAAAAACAUUACUUUAUUUAAAAAAUAAAAGAAAAUAAAAAACGCAUAGACAAGUGAAGAGAAAUGGAAAGAGUGAAGAGUGAAAAGAAUAUAAAGUAAAGAAGCAAAUGAGUUUUGUACAAUUUUGAUACACUUUUAGAUGAUUUUACGUUGUUGAUUUCUCUCAAUUUGAUUUCGAUUGAUUUCGAGCAAAGUUGUACGAAAGAGAGCGAUAAAACAGAGCCCACCUGUGUAGGUAAACGAUAAAACUGUUUUGUAAAACCAAAACAAAAAGAGACAAGAAACUAAUUAUUGAUAAACCUAUUCCUACUACACACAUUUGAGUUUACAUCUAAGUUCCUCAACUCAACAGUUACUAAUACUCUAUUAAUUUGCCACUUAUUUCGAAUCCAACCGAGCGAACACUCGGUAAAUAUCCCCUCACCAUCUCUCUCUAUAAACGAUAGGGAAUAUUUGUGAGGAGAGCACAGCGAAAAUCAUUUUGAAAGAACAGUGAAUAAUCAGUUGUAAAUUUGAGCUUAUAGGCAUUAAAAUCUAGUAAUGAAAUUCUCUCAUAACUAUCACACACUUUACAUCUUACUAAUUACCUACUAAUAUAUAUUUGUAUUAUAUAUUGUAUACUUGUAAUUCCUACAUUUUCCCAUCCAAAACACCGAACGGGGUAAACUUUUUGUAAAUACUAAGUGCAGUACUGUACGAAAGAGAAGCGUGCCAUACUUAAGAGAGGCCAAAACCAAAGACUAUACAAUACCAAGAUGUUGCAUGGGAGACCAAAAAGCUGUAUUUGUGUAGGAUUCUGGGAUGAGUCAGCUGAAAUUUAAAUGGAAUUUGUACCUGAUGCAAUUGGUAUUGAAUAGUCUUUGGUUUCGGAGAGAGCAGAGCCCAGGCAUUUUGUUUGUUAACUUUGUGUGGCAGUUACAGAAAGAAAUCGAAAAGCUCCGGAAGGAUGUCGGUAAGGUAAUGCUUAAUAGAUGCUUAAGUACCCUUUUUUUGUAUCGUAACUAGCCGAACAAAUUCUGUCUCAAGUAUUAUUCCCAUUUGAAGUUGAUUUC